AAUACAUCGUGUUUUACCCGUCGACCUAAUUACAACAAUAGAGCCGUUAAAAUCGUAAAAAAAAAACAUUUCCAUUUUUAGCAAGGUCUUACAAACUGCAUUCCGUACAAACACUCGUAUAGUUAAGUGCUACCAUACGUUUGACAAUUAUGAAUAUUUCUACACAGUUUAUCGAAGACACAGUGCAACCCUUUACCCUAAAGUCAACAAUCAACAAUCUCUCAUUUUCAUGGUUCGACGCAUUUAUAGUCUUCAUUACUAUCUUCGUUUUCAAUGUAUGCAUGGGAAUUUACUUUAAUUAUUUUACUCGGAAGCAGUCCACAACUAGCGAAUAUUUGUUGGGUGGUAGAACCAUGAAUGUUAUCCCUGUUGUCAUCUCACUAGUGGCAAGUCACACAUCAGCUAAUACUCUUUUGUCUGUACCAGCCGACGUAUAUAGGUAUGGAGCGGCAUAUUUACUGGGUGCCAUAUCAACAAUCAUUCUCACAGUGGUGACAAUUUAUGUCUACCUCCCUGUAUUUUUUAAUUUAGGAAUUACCAGCGUUUAUGAGUACUUAGAACGCAGAUUUGACUCAAGAACAAGACUCCUUGCUUCAUUUUUGUCGAUCGUAUCUUACAUUCUUUAUCUUCCUAUUGUAAUCUAUGUUCCAUCUCUUGCGUUUUCCGCUGCAACUGGUGUUAACGUUCAUUUUAUGGCAGCAUCAAUCUGCGGUUUGUGUAUAUUCUACUCAGCCAUCGGAGGUCUACGAGCUGUCAUUUGGACUGAUGCUGUUCAAUUUAUGAUUGCCAUUCUAGCUGUUUCUUUAAUUUGUAUGAUGGGUCUUCAAUCCACAGGAGGGUUUUCGGUUGUUUGGAGAAAAGCCAUCGACAGCAAAAGACUUGAUAUUUUCGAUUUUGAUAUGGAUCCAACGAAACGUGAUACGUUUUGGUCGCUUGCAGUUGGUUUGACAACACAGAGAGUGGCCACCGUUGCUAUUUCUCAAAACUGUAUGCAGAAAUUUCUGGCAGUACCCACCUUCAGACAAUCUGUAUUGACGGUCAUUUAUUUCGGAGUUGGAACGAUCAUCAUCAAGACGAUAACGAUUUUUCUUGGUUUACUAAUUUACGCAGAGUAUUCUGCGUGUGAUCCUCUCUCAGCGCAGAAAAUUACAACUGAUAACCAGCUUGUUACGUACUUCGUCAUGGAUGUGUCUAAAAACAUUCCCGGACUUCCUGGAUUGUUUAUUGCUGGAGUGUUCAGUGCGUCUUUAAGUACUUUGUCAGGAGAUCUAAAUUGUCUAGCGGGGAUAAUUUAUGAAGAUUUUAUUGUCAAGUUGUCCAACGAAAAAAUUAGUGAUAAGAGAGCAACAACUAUCUUGCAGCUUCUUGUAAUCAUUUGUGGGCUCAUAUGUACAUUGAUGGUCUACUUUGUUGAACAUAUGGGAGGUCUGUUUUCUUUGGGCUAUAGUUUAAGUGGUGUUACAACUGGUGCCAUUUUGGGGAUGUUCACAAUGGGAAUAUUUUACCCUGGUUUUAAUGCUAAAGGGGCUUUUUAUGGAGGUCUCUGUGGUUUUAUUACAAUUGCCUGUAUCAUUUUUCCUGCACAAUAUUAUCAAAUGCUGGGGUUAUUAAAUUAUGUCUCUAAACCAACAUCAACCAAAUAUUGCAAUGCCUUAAAUGAUACAUUUACUGUUACUACAACACCAAGAAUUUUGUCUCCGUCAACCGAACUGUCUUUUAUUUUUAGGAUAUCAUUUUAUUAUUAUUGUUUAAUGGGUACUGUUAUUACUUUAUUUUUUGGUUUAGUAAUUAGUACUGCAACAAGGAGAAAUAAUGAGAAGUUCGUAGACAGAAAACUUAUCAGCCCAUUAGGAUACACACUUCUACAGAACGAAAUAAAAGACUGUAGUAAUAUUUCCAUGACGAAACAAUGUUGA